UCCGUCUUACUUUGACGAGCUCAGAUUACUGCUUUUCAUCAUCGGAUUAUAGAGGAUAUCUCACUGUAUCUUUGAAGAAAAUGUCGACGUUGAAUGUGCAUAUCAAGCAUGCGGGGAAGGUGUACGAUUUGACUCUGGACACAGCACGGCCACCAUUGGCUUUCAAGGAGGAGAUCUACCAGAAGACUGGUGUGCCGAUGGAUAGGAUGAAGGUUAUGGUGAAAGGCGGGAUGCUCAAGGAUGAUGCAGAUUGGAAAAAGAUUGGUCCUAAGGAGAACCAAACCUUUAUGGUCAUCGGUGCCGCUGGAGAACUUCCUAAGCCACCAGAAAAGCCGAUUGUCUUCCUCGAGGAUAUGGACGACGCUGAGCUUGCCAAAGCACUCUCCUUGCCGGUCGGAUUGCGCAAUCUCGGCAACACAUGUUACAUGAACGCGACCGUCCAAGCCUUGCGUGCCAUUCCUGAACUCCAGGCAGCUCUUAACGCGUACGUUUUUUCUUUCCACGUUCUCCACACAACGAUGUUUACUCAAUCACACCUUCCUGCUUGCAGAUCUACACCCUCAGACACACUCCCGCGUUCUCUUCGUGAUCUAUACAACACGAUGUCUAAUACAACAGAUGGUGUCACUCCCUUUAGCUUCCUUCAGAUGCUUAGACAAGCGGCUCCGCAGUUCGCAGAGCGGGCUAGGGGCUCGAAAGGUGGAAAUGGGAUUUUGGAUAUGGGAGGGUACGCUCAGCAAGAUGCGGAAGAAUGCUGGACUGCUCUCGUCAAUUCUCUGAAGUCGGUCAAAGGUCUUCCUGGUCCCCUCGCACACAACAACAACUUCGUCGAGCAGUUCAUGACCGGCAAGAUGCGCCGCGAGCUUAAGUGUGACGAAGCACCCGACGAAGCACCGAGUGUCACGACCGAAGACGUCCUCAAGAUCGAAUGCAAUAUCUCUAUCUCGACGAAUUAUAUGCAUACUGGCAUCAUGGACGCUCUGGACCAGAAGAUUGAGAAGCGCUCCCCGACGCUUAACCGCGAGGCCGUCUACUCUCAAAAGUCACGUCUGGCUCGCUUACCGGCAUAUCUCGCCGUACAUAUGGUGAGGUUCGCGUGGAGGAGAGAUAUCAACAAGAAGGCAAAGAUCAUGCGCAAAGUCAAGUUCCCGACCGAAUUCGACGCCCUCGACCUCGCCACGGAUGAGCUCAAGACGAAACUCCUCCCUGCAUCCCGCCGUCUGAAAGAGAUCGAGAAAGAGCGCGCUGAACGCCGUAAAGUCCGGAAACGUACCAAAGAGGCACAAGAGGCUCAGUCAAAGGCUGCUGCAUCUGCCUCUGCCUCUGCCUCCAAUGCGGAAUCGGCAACUGCGACGACUACGACGACCGCUCCUGAUGGUGGGGACGUACAGAUGGCUGAGGGUGCAGCCACUGUGGAUGCGGAUGCGGAGAUGGUGACGGGCGAGAAUGCUGUGGAGGAGACGAUGACUGAGGAGGAGAGGGCGAGGGAGAAGGAGAGGAGGGAGUUAGAGCAGUUAGUUGAUCCGGAGGUGAGGGAUGAUGUCGGAAGUAGUGAGACAGGACUGUACGAGCUGGUUGCCAUCAUAACCCACAAAGGCGCUGCCGCCGACGCAGGGCAUUACAUCGGCUUCGUCAAACGAUCCGUUUUCCAUCCCUCCAUCCCUGCGGCCUCUUCCUCCUCCUCCGCACCAGGUGUGAUAGGCGGUUUGGAGGAAGGUGACGAGGAUUGGUAUAAAUUCGAUGACGAGAAGGUGUCAGUAUUCCCGGCUGAGAAGUUGGGGACGUUGGAUGGAGGAGGGGAGGACGCGAGUGCGUAUGUGCUGUUGUAUAGGACGAAGUCGCUGGCUUGAGCGUGGAGGCCGAGAUGGUGGUAGUAGAGAAGUGGAAGGGAAGUGGCGAGGUCAAGGGAUCGAACAAGGCAGGAAUGAUUUGGAGUGUGUACGGUUUCUCUGUUGUAUGAUGUUACAAGCUCCUUAGUUCUGCAUGACGGAAAUGUCAUCAGUAUACGGUUU